AUGUCCUUCCUUUUGCGAAAGCUCUGGUAUCGAAAACGGGGGUCGAACUCCGGAAAAACACCCUGUACAACUUCAACUUUCGAGGAGAACAACAGACGAAACCUCGAGAACCAGGGCCAAAGCCCUAGAUCCAGGCUCCCAAAUGUUACUUUCUCCUCCCACCCAAUACCAUCUCAUUGCAACGAAAACGAAACGGAGAUACUUGUCAACCGACCAGCUGCCCUGGCAGCUACAGUGAGCAACAACGCCAACAACGAACAUCAAUCCAAUGAAGAACCCUCUACACAUACCUCCGAAGAGGCCGAAGUCGAACCAGCCGAGGAAGAAGAAACAUUCCACUACCUCACUAGCCUAAUAACAGUCUCCUAUCAACAAACACCAACCCACACCCCAACACCAUCAGUUUCAACACUCGCAUCCAAAUCAGGCAGUGGAAAAAGCCAAACCUUUGAUCGGAAGAGGGUUUCUUCUAUUCUCAGGCCCUAG